UAAAUCCAAUAUGGCUGAUGGAAUGGCGUCAUAAAUACUUUCUGACGUUGUUUAUAUUUGUGCAAAAACUAAUUGAAAGAUAUUGUACAUAAUUUACAAUACUAAUUAGCAGUGAGUUUUAAAUAAGAUGUAAUGAUUGAAAUAAGUGUGUAAAUGGACUGUACAAGAUAAUGUUUUAGGAGCUACGCAACAAACAAUGUCAAACAAUACUGUCGGCUCGUCGGGGCAUGCUCCCGGCAAAAUACGUGGACCUGGAAGACCUCCUAAACGGACUUGCACAUGGUGCGCCGAAAGUAAAACUCCACUAAAGUAUGUUCUACCAACGGAAAAUGGAAAAAAAGAAUUUUGUUCUGAAACAUGUUUGUCGGAAUUUCGACAGGCAUACAGCAAAGGCGCCUGCCUACAUUGCGACAAUGUUAUUCGCGGCAACGCUCCUCCCAGCAGCAAAAACUUUUGUUCGACGUAUUGCUUGAAUAAGUACCAGAAAAAGAAUGAAAAACGAACGACUUCUCCCCAAUCUGGCAAUGGAGCCAACGGUUCAGAGAAUCAUCCCAACAACAAUUCCACUGGAUCUUUUUAUGAAAUUUACCAGUCUUUUGACUGGAGUGACUACAUGAAAGAGACUAGCAGUGUCGCUGCACCGCAAGAGUGUUUCAAACAGGCGCCAACACCACCUGUGAAUGAUUUCAAAGUGAAUAUGAAAUUGGAAGCUUUGGACCCCAGAAAUCUAACGUCGACUUGCAUAGCUACGGUUGUUGGUGUGUUAGGGCCUAGAUUAAGGUUGAGGCUCGAUGGUAGUGACAAUAAAAAUGAUUUCUGGAGACUUGUUGAUGCGGGAGAUAUACAUACUAUUGGCUACUGUGAAAAGAAUGAUGGAAUGUUGCAACCUCCGCUUGGGUUCCGUAUGAACGCCAGUAGCUGGCCAAUGUUUCUGCUGAAAACACUGAAUGGGGCUGAAAUGGCUCCGACAAAAGUAUUUCAACCAGAGCCGCCUACUCCAAAAUCUAAUCUGUUUGUUGUCGGGCAGAAACUAGAGGCUGUUGAUAAAAAGAACCCACAGCUCAUUUGCUGUGCCACUGUAGGUGCUGUGAAGAAUGACCAGAUCCAUGUGACAUUUGAUGGGUGGCGAGGAGCUUUUGACUACUGGUGUAAAUAUGAUUCGAGGGACAUAUUUCCUGUAGGCUGGUGUGCAAGGGCAGGACAUCCUUUGCAGCCUCCAGGACAGAAAAGUGCUACAGCUCCAUCUCGGUUCAAAAGGCCAAGUGGUAUUCCAAAUCCUGCAUUACCAGAAGGUGGAUCCACUGGUACUGGGAACACUAACGGAACUAGUGCAGUGACUCCGGCAGCAAAUAUUGUGCUCCAUAUCCGUGGCAGCUGUUCAGGGGGCAGUCCAGAACUACCCCCAUCUGUGACAGGAGUUGGAACUUCUGGUGUGCUCAAAAGUCUUGUGAUGGAGUUGUUUGACAGCGACCUGGACCCACAGAAAUUGUCCAGAGCAAUACUGAGUGCCUCGAGUAGCUACACAACAAAUACAUGUCUCCAGUUUCAGGUCUUACCAGCUACAAAGAAUUUAACUGUAAAACUACCACUAGAAUUAACUACUGAGGAAUUGAAGGAUUGGUUAAAAUUAGUUUGCACUGGUGUUGGUUGCUGCGUUGGGAUGAUAGAGAUUGACACAGGGGAGGCUGCUGGUCGGCCGUGCACUCUCUGUGGGGAGUCUACUUCCAACAAUGUUACAUCAGGCUUUGCAGUUAAAAGGCCUAAAAGUGAAUCUCCAACACGAAGCAGCGUCAACGGUGGCGGGAAUGCGGCCGGGGGAGAAGCGUCCGGCGUGAAGAUGGCGCGCGUGUCGCCCGAGCGGCCGGAACCCGCGUCGUCCACCACGGGCGCGCCGCCGCCGCCCUCGCCCGCCGCCGCGCCCGCCGACUGGUCGGUGGAGGACGUCAUCGGGUUCAUCGCCGCCGCCGACCAGGCGCUGGCGGCUCACGCGGAUCUCUUCAGGAAACAUGAAAUAGAUGGGAAGGCAUUGUUAUUGCUGAAUUCAGACAUGAUGAUGAAAUACAUGGGCUUGAAGCUUGGCCCCGCAUUGAAGAUUUGCAACUUGGUAUCAAAGAUAAAGAAUCGCCGACACUAUAGCACCUAAGUCCUAGUAGCGCACACUUUGAAGGUUUGAAACUAUGAGUUUCUAUUUUUCUAGUGUUUAGCAUUCGCUUCGAGUAUUUCUAGAGCAUUUCAAAAUAAUUUAUCUUCAUCUAUGAAAAGUUCAUGAUUACAUAAAAUUGAAUCUCUGAUAAAGUGAAAUUGGUCACAACAAAAUUUUGGUACAAAAUUAGAUAUUUGACACAAACCAAAAUCAUCAUAAUUUCAAAAUAAAUACAGUUUAAAGUUAUCGAGUGUAAAAUUCUACAGUUUCUUGUGUAAGAUAAAUUUAUUAGUAGUCAUGUAAAUAAGUAUUUUCAUUGAGCGAACAUGCAUUUAAUGUAGUUUGUACUCAUUGAGCAGCAUAUACAUAAUAUUAUGUAUUAUUUUAGUUUGUUAUACAUUUUGCUUCAUUGUAUUUUAUGUUAUGUGUAAUGUAUAUAUUUUUCAAGAAUUGGCUAGUCGUAUGAAUAAUUGAAAAUCAAUUAGAUCCAAUCUCCAACGCGGAAUUAUUAAUUAAUAUGUUUAAUAAGGCCCUGAUUCGAAUUUCAUUAGAUUCACCUAUGAAACGACGUCCAUUGACAGAGAUCUGUAAUUGGGUAAAACUAAGUUUCAUAGUUAUAAAAUAUGUUUUUGAAGAUUUAUUAUUGUACUUACAUUAAUGUUAUUUGAAAGUUAUUUUACUUACAUUAGUGCUUUUUGCACAUCAAUUACAAUGAAAAAAAAUUAGUUUGUUUUCAAAUACACAAAAUUUUAAUGAUUACUGAUUUUAUUGUGCAUUAUGUUGCACAUCAAUUAAAACACAUGCACAUCAAUUAAAAUGAAAAAAAUUGUUUGUUUUCUAAUCCACAAAAUUUUAAUGAUUACUGAUUUUAUUGUGCAUUAUGUUGCACAUCAAUUAAAACACAUGCACAUCAAUUAAAAUGAAAAAAAAUUGUUUGUUUUCUAAUCCACAAAAUUUUAAUGAUUACUGUUUUUAUUGUGCAUUAUGUUGCACAUCAAUUAAAACACAUGCACAUCAAUUAAAAUGAAAAAAAAAAUAGUUUGUUUUCCAAUCCACAAAAUUUUAAUAAUUACUGAUUUUAUUGUGCACAUCGAUUAAAACACAUGCACAUCAAUUAAAAUGAAAAAAAAUUGUUUGUUUUCUAAUCCACAAAAUUUUAAUGAUUACUGAUUUUAUUGUGUAUUAUGUUGCACAUUGAUUAAAACACAAGCACAUCAAUUAUAAUUUAAAAAAAAAUUGUUUGUUUUCGAAUCCACAAAACUUUAAAGAUUACUGAUUUUAUUGUGCACUAGCUGACGCCGCGUGGUUUUACCCGCGUGGUUCCCGUUCCCGUAGGAAUAUGGGGAUAAUAUAUAGCCUAUAGCCUUCCUCGAUAAAUGGGCUAUCUAACACAGAAAGAAUUUUUCAAAUCGGACCAGUAGUUCUUGAGAUUAGCGCGUUCAAUCAAUCAAACAAACAAACAAACUUCAGCUUUAUUAUAUUAGUAUAGAUUAUGUUGCACAUCGAUUAAAACACAUGCACAUCAAUUAUAAUUAAAAAAAAAUUGUUUGUUUUCCAAUCCAUGCAAUUUUAAUGAUUACUGAUUUUAUUGUGGUUUAUGUUGCAAUUUUUAACAUCACCGAACUGUUUAUUUAAAUAAUUUAAAAUAGGUAUUUUAAAUAAUUGAAUAUAAUAUAAUUACAUUGCGUUGCAGCCCAUAAACAACCAACAGUGUCAAAAUAUACUCAGGCACAAUUAUCUGCCCACUUUAAUAUACUCGCUUCAUAUUAAAGUGGGCGGAUAAUUGUGCCUCUGAGUAUAGUUGAUGGCCCUGCGUGUCAAGAGCAUUGGUUUGUGUAGGUAUAAUGUGACUCGAUUCAGCUGCCUUAUCCUUCAAAUUAAAUAAUCAAAACAAAGGAGGAGUGGUAUGUUUUAAUUUUAUUUGCCUACAUGCUAUUAUAGUACGAGAUCCAGCAUAAGAAAUAUAUACCCUCAUCUGUUUUUUAAUUAGGAUAAGAAAUAUUCACAUUGACACAUUGCGCAUGGGAUGGGUUGCCUAGUUAAAUUACAGCCGAAAGUUUAUUAUUUUUUUUUAAAUUUAUUCAAUCUCCUUAUCUGAUUGGUUAGUUAUAAAAUAAUAAUAGUAAACUAGUUAAUAGAAUAUACCCAAAAGAAUUGAAAAAGUAAAGGUUUCACACUGCAACUUUGGGGCUGCCAGAUAUAAACAGUUAAGUAAUGUUAAUUAUAUACCCUCAUCAGUUAUUUAGUCUGAUGAAAACUUAUUUUAAGCUUAAUUUAACUGUAUUAGAUUGCCUUUGAUCUAGUAAUCUAGUUCAUGGUUACCUAGAUAUUGUUAACUAGGCAACCUAUUUCUGUCUCUGUGAACAUUAUCUAUCAUUUAUUUCAUAGCACUAAUAAAUAACAGAUGGGGGUAUAUAUUUCUAAUGCCGGAUCUUAGAACAUAUUAAUUGUGUCACACAAGUAGGUAGGGACUAGACUAGGGUCACAAAAGUUGAUCUUUGUGACGAUUAAUUGCGUGUACAGGGAUAAGCAACUGUUGGUCUCAGAUUUCACUAUGUGAUGAAAUUGUUUACCGAUUUACAUUUAUCAUUCAGCAUAUAUUUCGCUAUAGAUGAAAUGUAGCGAAAUAGUACUAUAUUAUUUAAUAAUUAAUAUACAUAUAAAAUGAGAUGUUUUUGUAGUUUAUUGCUUGUUUGUUUUUUUUUGUAAAUAAAUUGGAUACGUUUAGAAAAACAUCCAAAAAUAUAUGGUUUCCUCCAGAUUGAAGAACAAAAAAAUGAAAUCUCGUGUAUCAUAUUCGCGGACGACCGCUUGACUAGUAAAAUUAAAAUAAAUACCGCUAUUAUGAAUAUACUCCUAAUUUAAAAUAUCUUCUUAUCAUUAUUAUAUCCUAAUUCAAUAUUUAUCAAUUAUUUCGAAAUGAAAUUUAAUAAUCUAUAAACAAUGUCUUCACUAUUGUAAUCUGAGGCUGUGUGAUAUAAUUAAUGAACGAACAUUUGAAAUUUUUGAUUUUGUUUUAUAUUGAUUCCACUAUGAAUAAAACGGUAAUUAAUUAAUGAUUUUGAUUUCCGUUGUUGUUAUCGUCUGUGGCUGACAUUAGUAUCAAUCAUAUUAAAUUUUUAUACUGUGUACAGAAAUUCUAUUGUAGAUUAGGGUCUAGUGCCUUCCAAUAAUAAUUAGGUGUACUUAAAUACCGAUCCCGUUAGAGUCUAUGCUCUAACCUAACCUCACGAUUUAAACUCCAAUAGUAUAUUUAUAAUAGACCAGCCCCUAUAGCCGAAAGGCAUGUCUAUUCUCUUUCUACGAUCGCAAACGCUUCGAAAACUAGAAAAAUGUAUGGGAAUGAUAUUUGCUAUCGACAGGUCGCGUGAUCAAGAUCUGUCAUUUCCAUACAUUUUUCUAGUUUUCGAAGCGUUUGCGAUCGUAGAAAGAGAAUCCACGUGCCGCUUAGCUACAGGGGCAGUAGUGCAAACAUGCGACCAAGGGAAGAGAAAUAGACAAAAUGUCCGUGUUGUCCCAGUUCCAUCUCUUUCGUAUCAACGCAAUAAAAAAGACGGUAAAAAGCGGUAUUACCGGUUGCGCCGACAUCGGUUGUAAUUUAUAUUUCUAUAUAAAAUAUAUAUUUCGAUAUAAUAUCGUUGGUCGCAUUAAAUCACUUCAGUAUGCCUAACAUGCGACCAAACGGUAUCUCUCGUGAAGAGAAAUAGACAAAUGGCAACCAAUAAAUUUGAAGCCUCCAUAGCUCAACGGUCUUACCGUUGGACUUGCGGUUGGACUCAUCACCGAGGGGUGAUGGUUCGAUGCCCGCCCCGUUGGUCUAUUGUCGUACCCACUCCAAGCACAGUCUCUUCUCACAGUCAGUUCUCGACUAGUUGGAGGGGAAUGGGAAUAUUGGUCAUAUUAUAAAAAAAUAUGGCAAAUAUUUAAAAAAUAAAUAAAUAGCCGCACAACCGCAAAUAUCGGUAUCUCUUUCAUUGCGUUGAGACGAUAGAGAUAGGACUAAGACUAUCUUUUUUGUUGCGUUUGGAUAAAAGAGAUGGGAUUGGGACUACGCCGCUAUUGAUUGACAUUUUCCCUAUUUUUCUUCACGAGAUUUGUCGUUGGUCGCAUGCUAGGCGUACUGGUAUAUAGUUAAAAAUUAAUAACAGACACAUCAGUUAUAUUAUUUUUUUAUUGCUUUUAAGUUGAGCAAGAAGCUCUGAUUACUUUACCUCUAGAAUCAUUUUGUAGACUCGCAGAUUUCGACAAACAUUCAUAAAAAAAAAACAAAGGGGCAUAACACAACACUGAUUAAGUGCUAAGUUGCACUAGGAGAGUUUCUCAAAAAAAAUAUCGGUUGUCUGUAAAGUCGGUUUACUGACGAUAGUUGAACAUGUCAACGUCAUAAGAAAAUACUGAUGGAAUGGUUGCAUUUUUCAAAAAAAAAUGUUCGUUUUUCUAAAAUACUGUUUAAUUUUCAUAGACCAGAAUAUAAUUUAUAUCUUGUAAAAAAAGUUGGCAACCCUAGCGCCAGGGAACGACGCAUGACGUCAUCUUUUUUUGAGUGUGCAGCGGGCUCCAUCGAAUUAUAAGACAUUGUCACGUCAAAAAACAUGCAGUUUUCCUACACACUUUAUACAACACUCUUAAAGCUACGGCCAAAUCCACGGCUCCCCUCGGGUCCUCUUUGGCAAUCAGAAGGCCAAACAUGCGACCAAAUGACGUAUCUCAUGAAGAGAAAUAGACAAAUGUCAACCAAUAGCAGCGCAACCAGGAAAUAUCGGUAUCUCUUUCAUUGCUUUGGAACGGUAGAGAUAGGACUAGGACUACUACCAUUUUUUGAUAUUUUAUCUAUAUCUCUUCACGAGAUAUGUCGCCGGUCGCAUGUUAGGCUUACUGAUCGCCACGACUCGAUCUGCAGGCUAAUUCACUAACUUUGACAUAUGGCAGUUGACAUCCGAAAUUGAGAUUUUAUGUAACAAAUGUCAUCCGGUGCCUACUGACAACCCUUCGUGGAUAUCAUACAGUAGAGAGAUGACUUUUCUCAGUUGAUUUGAUGUUUAUUUUAAUAGGUCGUCACAGAUUAAUCAUAAAUCAAUAAUAAUAAUAAUAUACAGUACGGAACACGACGGACGGACGACAUCGUAGCCGCUCCAAAUACGAAAUUCAAAUUACUAUACAUUCUCGAGUCAGUACGACACGAACCGUCACAUCAGUAAUUUUCAUUAUUAUUCAAGAAAAAUAUUUUCAAAACUGUUCACAAAAACCAAACGGAGAUUGAUUAUUAUAUUAAUUUACGUAAUUGUCGUUAGUGUCAAAUUUUUGAAAUACAAAUUAUGAAAAAAAGUUUGUAUAUGCCGUUGUCAAGGAGACGCGUGACGUUUGUUUUUUUACCCGACUGCAAGAAGGGUUAUAAUGGGUUUAACUGGCUUCAGUACGUUGCUCGUAAAGAUUCACUCUGGUUAGUAUUGGUCGUUAAUAAAUAUCAAAUUAGUGGAUAGGCCAGCAGAACGCCGCGGUUUGGCCGUAGCCUGACUAGUGUUUGUCAUGUACAAAGAGCGUAGGAUAUAUCUAUACUAUAUACUGAUAUAUAUAUAGAUACUUGAUGCUUGCCCUAGUUUAAUAAAAAAUAUUAAUGUGGUCCAUAUUUUUUUUUAUCGAGAAUUCUGUAUUUUCUUUUUUUUUUAGUCAGAGUCAAAACGCGACUUUAGUGAUGUUCCUUUGUCUAUGUUUAUUGUAUUUUGCCAUUUGAAGGGUUAAUAAUUAUAAUGUUUAAACAAUUUAUCAUGUGAUAUUUCACUGUUAUCUGUUAUUAGGAUGUAAAAUGAUGAAAAUAUAAUAAAAUUAUGUUGCAUUAUAUAUAUAUAAUAAAUGAGCUAAGUGAUACUUUAAGUUUAUACAUGACAUAACUACUAAGAUGUAGAACAUAUUUAACUUCGGCGUGUUGCCCAUUUUAUAAUAUUGUUGCUGUAAAUAUAAAUAAUAUUACGAUUUGGAGUAUAAUUUAAUUAUAUAAUUCAAACAGUUCCGUUUAUUAGCUUUUAAUUAUGUUGCAUUUGUACUAACAGUAGGCCUUAUUACGUAAAGCCUUAUGCCGAAUGGCUGCUAAAUUCUAUUAAGAACGUAUUGCCUGAUUAAAGAAUGGUCUGCUUUUAGUAUAGCUGCAUCUUUAGCUCAUUACAUUUGCGAUUUUAUGUAGAAAAUAAUUAAUAAUGUCAUUGGUUCAUUUUGUUUUCAAUUGCUUAUUGGGUUGAAGUUGUGGACUUGGUAUAUUUUGUGUUUGUUUUGUUAUUUUAAUUAUUAUUAAUAAUUAUAUAUUGUUUUUCAGAUAGCAUGGGUACAUACAGUUCGUUUCACUCUUGAAAGUUUGCCGCGAUUCACGAUAAUAGUACCUACGUAUUAUGAACGUCAUAAGGCAACUGUCACCGUGCCCACGCUAUCUGAAAAACACUUUAAUAAUUUAUAUCUCCUAUUGAAAAACAAAAAUAUCGUGAAAUGUAUGAAGCAAUAAAUAUGUGGUACCUAUUUAAAUGUUCGUAUUCAAAGUUUUAGAGUACCUAAACGUUAUUUCAAGCGUAUGGGUCUGUAUAUUGUACAUAUUAUUAUCAUUUUACGGUUAAUACGCGUGAAUAUUUUAAUAAUUAAUAAUAAUAAUUGCAUAUACACAGUUAUUAUGCGAUUUGGGUAUAAAGUAUAACACCUUUUCGUUUACUAAAUGUAUUAUGCGUCUUAAACGUAUAGGCGUCCACAUAUCCGCAUCAUACGUAUCCGACGCGUCGCAUCAAACUGAUUUUUGAUGCGACGCGAUGUUCGAUAUGUACGAUGCGGAUCUGUGGACGCCUACCAUAAGGGUGGCUAUGCUAUGGUAACCGCCUAACGUUUGAAUUUGGAAAAUUUUACCAUAGACUACUUCAGAAACCGGUAAAUAAUUUUUCAUGUUACAGUGAAUUAUUAAAAACACUGGUAAAAAAAAUUGUAAAACUUUAAAAUUGAUACUUAGUCGAAAAAAAAAUUAUUUUACAUUAAUUUCAACGCCAAUCUAUACUAUAAUACAAAUAGCAAGUUGAUUUAACAAAUUCGCUUGGCUGAAUCUCGUGAGAUAUAUCUGGCCAGGGCCUGAUCAUCAGCACCACAAAAGUAUAUUAAGUGCGUUAUCCAUUGAGCUGUCGGGUAGACAAUUUUAAUGGCCUACUUCAAACUUCCAAUUCCAGGAGGCCUAUUCUGUAAUGUUUUGUAUAACUCGUAAGUGCGAGUUUCGAAUUCACCUCUAUAUAUCUCUGUCUAACACGAUACUAUAGAAAAAGAAAGGUGGAUGUGCAUUCAAAACUCGCACUUGCGAGUUAUACAAAACAUCCUUACAGAAUAGCCCUCCAGGCCUUCUUUAUAGGAGAGAGGAUUACGACACCCACCACUACCAAAAAAAUUAAACAAAAUACAGCCUCAUGACUCAGUUGAUAACGCGUUGACUAUUGAAAGGAAUGCGCAUUGAGUAUUUAGCCAUUCACGUGUGUCAACCGUAACAAAUCUAUAACAAUAGUGUAAUUGUGAAAGUGGGUGAAGAAAAUCACAUUACAAAGCUUUUAUUUUAUUACGGUAGAAUUUUAUAAUUUUGUGUACAUACAUAGCUGGUAAAUGGAAACAGAUGUGUAUAAAUGAUGAAUAAAGUUCGAAUAUAAUAGA